GCACACACAAACGGUUAAGAAAAAGCACUUUUAUUCCUGUCCCCAUCCCUACACAUAUCAUCUCUCAAAAUGGGCGUGAUCGAGCUUCACGUUUUCAUGGCGGUUACCUCUUGAUUUCUUCUAGCAACCACACCUUCAAUCGCUACUCGUUCGAUCAAUCGAUCACUCUCAUGGAUCCUGAGCAGACGUUCAUCAGAGUUCAAGAACGAUUCUCGCAUGUUCUCACACCUAGAAUCCGAGCGUCUCUCGAGUACAUAUAUCUCUUGAUUGCCAUCACUCUCUUUUGUAUUCUCGUUGUUAUGCACGCGAAUUAUGUCCAGCAGCCUGGCUGUUCUAGUGAACUUACUGGAGUUGCAACUACUGAAGCCCAACUUAUCCAAAUUAAGAUUACCAGUGCUGGCUUGUGGUCACAAAGUGAAGCUCCUCAGUAUAUAAAAAAUAAUGAUAUUGACAAAGAAAGUGUACCUAAUGAUGUGAAAGACGAUGCACAAUUUUGGUCAAAUUGGCUAAUUAGUUCAAGUGGUUGGAGCGGGAAAUCGGCUCUUUUGAAGUUGUGGAGGUCCGAUAAUAAAGUUCUUGAUUCACAAUCUCAGAUUUGUACUUCUAGCAGUGAUAACAUUGAAGAUGCCUAUUGCAAGAAAACUAAGAAAGAUGAGUCCCGUGGCAGGUCAACCAAAGAAUCAUUGAAAGCUGCGAUAUUGCGCAAGUGGCACACACGUUUUUCAUUUAUUUGGAGACACACAUCAAGGAUUUUGGCAAGUUUAUGGGACAUUGCAGGUAUUCAUUUAAAUAUUGAUAUCAAUAAAUGUCUUCACGUACUUCACCUGGACAAGAUUAAUUCCUUGGCUGUGCAGUGGCUUGAAAUGAGGAGCGACACAUUUGAACCAACUUAUCUAUAUACAAUGGAAAAGGGUUACUUUCUUCUGCCUGAAAGAGCUAGAACUCAACAUAACAUCCGAACUGUCAACAUCAGUAUUUCAGCACGUGACCCCUGCUUCGGGAACAGGUGGCAGCAGCUUCUGAUCAAUAGGCUUGUGGGAUAUGAUACUAUCUUGAUGAACAGUUUGCUGAAUUCUCCAGGCCAAGGCUACCUAUUUAAUUACCAGACAAGUGAAUUCUACAACCUUACAUAUGCACAUGAGAAACCAGAACGGUCGGCAAAUUUUGGAGACUAUUUUGCUACGAAGUGUGGUGUUCUUAUGAUGUCUCUUUUUGUUUUCUUCACUACAACUAUGUCGGUUUCAUUUACACUUAGGGAGACACAGACUCGCAUGCUCAAGUUCACAGUACAGCUUCAACACCAUGCUCGGCAUCGUCUUCCCACUUUUCAGUUGAUAUUUGUACACGUAAUUGAAUCUCUUGUGUUCGUACCAAUAAUGAUAGGUAUCCUGUUUUUUCUUUUUGAGUUUUAUGACGACCAGCUUUUAGCUUUCAUGGUGUUGAUACUUGUCUGGCUUUGUGAACUCUUCACUCUUAUCAGUGUCCGUACACCGAUAUCAAUGAAGUUUUUUCCACGCUUCUUUUUGCUAUAUUUUCUGGUGUUUCAUAUCUAUUUCUUCUCAUACACCCAUGGUUUUUCAUAUUUGGCACUCUCAACCACUGCUGCAUUUAUGUUGCACCUCAUCCUCUACUUCUGGAACCGAUUUGAGGUUCCGGCUCUGCAAAGAUUUAUGCAAAACAGAAGGUCACAGUUUCAGCAGCAACCGGACUUUCAUAUCACCUCCUCCACCAUUCUGGCUUCGACCCUGCAUAUCACCAGACUAAACCCCUUGAGGAACGUGAUAAACAAUGCAACCAAUCCUGGACCAACACAACCGCAAGCCGAGAAUGACAACAUGAACAUGAACAGGGUAUCAGACAAUGAGGGUGGGGGCGCGAUUAAUUCGUUUAGUUCUACGCUGCUAUGGAUCUUGGGAGGCGCGUCUUCCGAAGGUCUAAACUCAUUUCUUUCGAUGUUUAGAGACCAGGGCCAAGAAAACCAUCCUACACAAUGAACCUGAUUCUGCAAGAUGGACAGCUAUUCGGCUUUUAAUAUAUGCAUCGGUAUAAAGCAUUGUUCAUAUUUUCUUAUCAAAGACAAUCACAUCCCAUGUAGAUAAACAGUGAUAAUUUUUGGUGAGAGCACAAGUUUGUUGAAUAUGUAAAACGACAUCGUUUGACCUCAAACCUUGAUGUGAAUGUUCAAUCAACACUGCAACUUCUAUGCGAGUGUUCCCAUAUGAAAGUUAUUGGCCGAGGUCGAUACCUAUUGAA